ACGACGAAUCAAUCUUGCAUUGCACAGUCGUGGUAUUUUUUUUCAUUUUGUAUUCAAAGUGGUUCUAUGCGUGCUUUCGCAAAGUUUUUGUUUUAGUUUAAGGGGGCCAGCCCCCGGCCGUUGAACUAUUUCAAUGCCGUGAAAAGUGCAAUCACGAUGAGCAAAAUGUCCAAGAACAAACUGAACCUGACCCUCCCACCGGGGUCUAUCGACACGGCCCCGGCUGCGACUCCAUCGAACAUGACUCCGCAGUUGAAGUCCGCGACAGCCACUGAUCGAAUGACGGGCCUCGCCGGGAAAUCAAAGAGCAGCAUCGAGGUCCUCACAGAGAGGCUGGAACAGAUUGAGAUGGACGACACCCAGCGACGACGGAUAGAAGUGUUCCUCUGCCAGAAAGAGAAGAUCGGAGAGCUGAGCGACGAUGACUUUGAGAAACUCGGCGAACUUGGUCAGGGCAACGGUGGCGUCGUAAUGAAAGUCCGUCACAAGUCGACCGGCCUAAUCAUGGCCCGCAAGCUCAUCCACCUCGAAGUGAAGCCAGCCAUCAAAAAACAGAUCAUCAGAGAGCUGAAAGUUCUACAUGAAUGCAACUUUACCCACAUCGUUGGAUUCUACGGGGCCUUCUAUAGUGAUGGUGAAAUCUCUAUAUGUAUGGAAUAUAUGGAUGGCGGCUCUUUGGAUUUAAUUUUGAAGAAAGCUGGCAGGAUUCCAGAGUCAAUUUUAGGAACUAUCACCUCAGCGGUACUGAAAGGGCUGAGCUACCUGCGCGACAAGCACGCCAUCAUGCACCGAGACGUGAAGCCUUCCAACAUACUAGUUAAUAGCAACGGAGAAAUCAAGAUCUGUGACUUUGGUGUCUCCGGGCAGCUUAUUGACUCCAUGGCUAACUCGUUUGUUGGCACUAGGAGUUAUAUGUCGCCGGAGCGUCUCCAAGGCACGCAUUAUUCCGUUCAGUCGGACAUCUGGUCGCUCGGGCUGUCUCUAGUAGAGAUGGCAAUCGGGAUGUACCCCAUCCCCCCGCCUGAUGCCAAGACCUUGGCGCACAUCUUCGGCGCCCAGAACGAGGACCACUCACCUGGACAGUCCGUGUCCGCCAUCCCCGCGCCGAACUCGCCGCGGCCGAUGGCGAUAUUCGAGCUCCUGGACUACAUAGUGAACGAGCCGCCGCCCAAGCUGCCCUCCGGUCUGUUCUCAGACCACUUCAAGGACUUCGUCGACCGCUGCCUCAAGAAGAACCCGGAUGAGAGGGCCGACUUGAAGACCCUUAUGAACCACGAGUGGGUGCGGCAGGCGGAGGCGGCCGGCGUGGACAUCGCGGGCUGGGUGUGCAAGACCAUGGACCUGCUGCCCUCCACGCCCAACUCUAACGUGUCUCCUUUUUCUUCAUAAGCUGCAAGAAGUGCAUAAUUUCAACAGCGAAAAAGGGUCAAAACAUUUCCCAAGAAAGAGCGGGCGACACGAUCAGUGAAGAUUCGGGGUCCGAAGAGCAUUGAGGUCGGACAGAGAUAGCAGUAUGUCAACUCUAGAUACCAUUUCACUCACACGUCCGGCACUGUCAGGGUGAACUACCCGAUGAAAGGCAGUGAGACCAGUCGUCGACUCCUAUUGGAAAACCUGCUUAGGGUGCCGACGAUAGGGUAGUUCCCCUAUAUAACGCACGGUUGACACCUGUCAAGGUGUCAUCUGUGGGUGCUAGUGUGUCGGGCGCUACAGUAGUCAUGUUUGACGCGGUCAGUUUCGAAAACUUUAUUCUGUGAUAACACUGGUAACUAAAGUAUCCCUAUAAUGUCUUAAAAAAGUAAAGUGUCCAUUUUAAAUGUGAAAAAAAAAGUGAUUUCAUUUGUUUGCUUUACUGUAUCGCCAAGCAAGAAUAAAUGAAUACGAUAAUUUUACCUGCAAUGGCAAACUGACUUCAUUCUGUAGCUGUUCAUUAACAAUGAAACUUGUUGAUUGUGCAAAACGUAACAUGUUUUCAUAAUUGUAAUCGAAAACGAAAACACGAAAUUAUAAGGAAUAAUGUCAUGAAACGUAAUUAGUAAUUAGAUCGAAGGCAAAGCGAACUGACCGCCGUCCGUCACAACUGAAACAUUAAACGAAACAUAUCACAAAACAAUUAGUACGCAUCGGGAGAACUGGCAUCAAAUACUCAAAAUUGAACAUUUAAUUUCUAGAAUUGGCUAAAUUAAGGUAAAUUUCUUAGGCAUUUCGUGUGUUACGCUACACUUGGAAACUAAAUGUUUUUAGUUUUUGGGACUUCCAUCCAUAUAUCACGUGUAUGGUGAGAGUAAGUGCCACCGAUGGUAGUGUAUUGUAACACCGAUAGAUAGGAGUAAUACUAAAACAUAGUGCAUUCGUGGACGAAUCGAGGUUUCGCAACGUAAAACGACUAAUUGAUAAAUGGUCAAGUAGAGUUGAUUUCACUAGUCGCAAGUCGAAAAAAUGUUAGUAGUGUUUUGACAUAUUUUUCUUUGCUGAAAGUGCGUGAUUCAUGUCAGCUGAUACUCGUUAUUUGGAUAAUUUAUGGGAAGCCGCAGCACUCAAACGGGGCCGGCUCUGCUCCCGUGGGACUGUUGCGGCAUCCAUCUUUUGUAAUCUGUAAAAUACAGUCAUUUGUAGACUGCACGAAAAAAAUAUAAAAUCAUAAAAAAAAAAUCGGUAGCAGGGAGAGGUAAAUCGAUGAAAUACCAUUCAAAGUAGCGUUCCUCACAAUAGGGUUUAUGUCUGGCGAUUUUUCCUUGUAAUAUAGCUUAGCAAAUGCUCGAAAUAUAUACUCGUAUCGCCUAAUAGAUAUUCUCGCAUAGGAAGAUUUUUAAAUGAAUCCGUUUUUUCUGUGAUAAACAUCAUGUGAUAACAGACGCUUAUAAUAUGGAAACCCUCAUUAGGAAUGAUGCUUUGUAUGGAGGUUUACAGUCUUCAUUGUGUUACUCCUCCCUGGCGGUAGUUACGUUUUUCCUCAUAUUUUGACGUGAUGCACUACUUUACGUUUGGUUUGUGUAUGGUAGCUUCGUUUUAGUCCUGUUUUGUCCCGAGCACGUGUUUAGUUAUGUAGUGUGAUGUGUUGUGUGUGCGGUUGGUUGGCUGCGUUCAGGCCCAUAAAUUAUAUUGACACUAAAGUUGCCUGCUGCUUACGUAAUAUACGACGAUAUCGCGUUCGAAAUGACAAUCAAAAUUCAAUUGAAAAUUUAAAAUGGUUGUUUUUGGGUGGCAAAUUUAAUCCUCUGGGACAGCAGGUAUAUAUAGUCAGUUUUUGACUCGCCUUUUCAAACUUAACGACAUCAUCAUUAAGGAAAUCGCAAAUUACAUUAAAUUCAUAAUUUUCUAAAAUUGAGUUAUAUGUGGCAGGCAACAAUGUGCAAAUUGUUCACUUUGUAUUCAUAUAUAUUAUAGACACUCAUUUUACCACAAGUUACCCUAGUUAUAACCUGACACGUGGGUCUAAUGAUAAAUGUGACGUCCCCAAUAAACUAGACAAGUUUCAAAAUGUAGGUUAAUAAUUUUAUGGGUCUGUCUCGCGCCAUACUGGCCUGUCUACACAAGCUUUUCGUUUUUCUCUCACUCGCCGAACGCCUUCCCCGCACGUAUGAUUGUUGAGUAUGUUCCUUUACGCUUCUCCUUAUUAUUAGCUGUUUAACCUCAAUUAGAGUUUAUUUAUGUUGUUCUACAGUGAAAUGGGUCUUAUAGCGGUACCACUUACGUGGUAUACUUGACGUAAGUGAUUCCACUACGAAUGUCCCUUUUUCUAAAGAAUAACAUAUUUAAUUGUGAUAAACGUUGUAGAAGUAUGCGUGUCUAUGUGAUUCAUAGAUUUUUUGCUGUGUUUAUGAUAAAAAAACUCGCUUAUAUGCCUUCGAGAUAGGUUCUAUUUAUAUAAUUCUCGCUAAAAUAAGACUUAAGUUUAUAAACUGACGAUUAUGAUUGUUUUAAAUUCCAAUUUGUUAUAUUUUGUAUAUAAAAGGUGACAUACUAAGGAUAUACAUUAGUUAUUGUGUAAGUAGGAUUGUAUCCUCGAUUUACAAUCUUAGAUAGUUUUCAAAUAACUAUGUCAAAAGUUGUUUAAAUAAUACUGAAUUAUGUUUUAUUAUUCUAAAGCAUAGUUUAAAAUAGGACCAACUUUUCUCUAUCGACGUUGUGCUUAGAGGUCUCGAACUUGGCAAGUUUUUUUGUAAAUCAGAGACGUCUAAAAUGAGAGAUCUGCGCCACAGGCUCCUUUUAGUCAAGAGUGUGCGAAGGUUAUAUUGCCUGGCUAACUCAUAACAAACGUAUGUUACAAUAAAAUACUUAUUCAAAUACAUAUAUUGUUGUGCUGCAGAAUGGCUAUUCCGAACAGAUAUUCUCAUGUACAGAUGUAAUGCAUAAUUGUUUCACUUCGUAUUUUCUCGGAAACGUUCGUAUAUGUCAUGCUACUUCAGUCGACCUCAGUACUUUUAGUUCCGAUACUAACUGAAAUAGACACGUUCGUACGUUUCGGUGAAAAUACGAUGGAAAAUAAUUAUGCACUACAUCUGUAACAUAAUUAUACGUUUGUUAUACGUGGUUGUGCAGAAACCAGAAACCUAAAUUCAAUAAAAAAACCUAUAUCUGCAAUAUGUGUGCAAUUGUAUAAGCGUCGUUUUUUAAACCAAAAUGAUGCGUAUAUUGGAGUUCUAUCAAGAGCUUCGAUAACCUCAUAAGUAUUUACCUUAUGAGUUAAUUUUAGAUAUUUAAAUAUGUUGAAAUUAAUUUCAACGUUUAGUUGACGAGACUUUAAUAUAAGCCGAAAUAAGUAUUUUCUAUCUUUAUCAAUAAAUCGGAAAUAUGGUAAUUAUUGUUAGUCUAAAAAUUCAUUCUUUAAUUGCCUAUUUAUGACUGCGCCUUAAUGACGGUGAAUUUUAAAGUAGAUCUUCUGGAUAAGCAUAAAAAUUCUUCCUAAAUCCAAGUUUCAAUGUAUUUCUUGAUGGUAAUAAACUAUAAACUGAAAAUAGAUGUCAUAAUAUUUUAUAAAAAGUGACGAAGCGCUCCAAUGCUGAAGGCCGGUUAAACUAUUUCUCCUGGCGGUUCAAAUUUUCUAUGGAGUUGGUAACUACGAUUUAAACAUAAUACAAUGGUUAAACAAUUUCACCAGUCUUUAAAAAACUAGUCUAUUGCGAGAUACAUAUUUCAGGGUAAACUGCUAUAUUGUUGACGCCACCGUUUAUUUCCAUUCAUUGAUUUUUAUCAAGGAGUGUCAGUAAUCGGGUAGUUUACCUUAUAUCAAAGAUUCGUUUAUUGUAUUAGAUGUGUAGUCUAAGCUUCGCGCUUAAAAUAAAUAGUUUUCAAAUAGAUAGAUGGCUCUGUACGGCUCCGUACAUUAUGCCGUAACUCUGGUUACCAAUAGUUUUUCGUAUGGCAAUUGAGUUACCACAAAACAUAUAGCAUAUACCACGCCCCCUUCUUUAGAUGUCCAUCUCGGGGUACGAUUUUUUCUUAGAGUUCACACACCUUAUACGAUGAAUGAAUCUUUGCCCCGUAUUAAAAUGCAUACCUAGUUCAAUCUUAUGAAACCAGUUCGAGUUAGUAAAGUGUUAUAUUCUAUUAUUCUAGAAUUUCAACUUAGUUUCUAAGAAAUAUCGUGACACCAAUUAUUUCUCAUAGAGAAAUUAUUUAUUUUUGGAUAAGUGAUUUUACUUGCAUUUUAUUAAUUUAGAUAUUUUAGAUGCAUUUUAGCUUUUCAUAAUUCGUUUUACUCGCAAUUAGUCGUUUUUAUGCGCUUAUAACUUAACCAGAUUUUAAUUCGUUUUUUUUAGAUAAUAAAGAAAGGACAUUAGUGGCAUGUGAUUGACAUAAUAUCACCAUAUAUCACCGUAUGUGCAUUUUAGAAAACACAAUAUGUGACGUCCCACGGGUAAAAGUACCUUAUGGCGGUUAGCGCAUACGCUAUUAUUAACACCGCUCCAAUAUUAUUGCGGCGCUAUGCGACGUAAGCGCCAGCCGCCAUAAGGUACCUUUUGCCGUGGAACGUCACAUAUAAUAUCUACAUUGGUCUUAUACCAAAAUUGACGUGCCAAGGUAAAAUCUCGGUAAGGACAAAUAUUUUCCAUUGACAAAUUUACGUUACUCUAUUCCAAUUGAAAAAGAGUUAAAUUUCAUCAAACUGAAUAAGUACCAUAAUUAGGACCGAGAGCCGUAGCAGGUUAAAGAGCUAUAUUAUAAAUGCACAUAUACGUUACGCUAAAUACGUUAGACGUAACACCAAUACACAUUAGCGUCUUAAUUACAUUCCACUAAGGUCGGUUUUCCUUUUAACGACACAUUUUUUUUAAUAGACCAUGAAGACAGGACUUGUUUUUUUUAAUCUCGUAUGAAAUCGCGUCCAACUUCGACUGUUUAAUGUAUAUCGCUACGUGAUUGUAUUGUGUCGUAACGUUUUAUUAUUUUGUAUAAUAUUAAGCUUCUAUGUUAGGUGUAGUCAUAGUUAUGUACAAAAUAUAUGUUAAUGGAAAACGAUAAAUUGUUUUAUUGUAAUUAUCAUUUAUCAUCAGCUGAUAUAAACAAGGAUAUAUUGAUUAAGAUGCGUAAAAUCUAAGACAAUUUCGUGCUUCGAAUUUGACAGGUAAACGAGAUGGCGCUGUA